UAAACUCCAGUCUAGUUGCGUUGUUAUCAAAUCAUCCAGUCUAGUGGUGUUGCAGAAUCGUCUCCAUUCUCUUUCUCAAUGGCCGUGCGAACCCUACUGAGCAGAAAAACCCUAACCUCCGUGCUCCGCAAUGACCCAAAACCGUUGGGAGCGGGCAUAGCAGCAACAACUCAUUCCCGUGGCUUGCAUGUCUUCACGGUACCCGAUCUCGAUUACGACUAUGGCGCUCUGGAGCCUGCUAUCAGUGGUGAAAUCAUGCAGCUCCAUCACCAGAAGCACCAUCAGGCUUACGUCACCAAUUACAACAAGGCUUUCGAGCAACUUCAAGAUGCAAUCAGCAAGGCCGAUUCCUCUACCAUCGUUAAGCUCCAGAGUGCUAUCAAGUUCAAUGGUGGAGGUCAUAUCAACCAUUCUAUUUUCUGGAAAAAUCUAGCUCCUGUUCGUGAAGGAGGUGGUGAGCCACCCAAGGGUUCCCUGGGAUGGGCCAUUGACACACAUUUUGGUUCUUUGGAAGCAUUGAUACAAAAGGUUAAUGCAGAAGGUGCAGCCUUACAGGGUUCUGGAUGGGUGUGGCUUGGUCUGGACAAAGAGUUGAAGAGGCUUGUAGUUGAGACCACUGCAAAUCAGGACCCGCUGGUUACUAAGGGAGCAAGUUUGGUUCCAAUUCUUGGUAUAGAUGUUUGGGAGCAUGCAUACUACCUUCAGUACAAAAAUGUUAAACCGGACUAUUUGAAGAACAUUUGGAAAGUUAUUAACUGGAAAUAUGCCAGUGAAGUGUAUGAGAAAGAGAGUUCUUAGUCUGAAAGUGCUGCUUGAUAUGGAGCGUGAGAUGACAGGUUUGCACCACGGUUACAGACGGGAAUAAAAUGGUGUAUUGUGACAUAUCGCACCUUCAUUAGGAUCCAGGUUAUUUUAUAAGAAAUAACUAUUUAUGUAUUUGUAAUGAAGAACCUUGAGCUAUAUAUGGCUGCAUUCCUUGUUCUAUGUACCUUUAAUGGUCUGCUCAAGUCUUGUGAAUUCUCUGAUGCUCUGGUAAGAUACUAUUCUUGUCUAGCGAUGUAUUUUUCUUUUGCUUUUAGGGUGUGAUCCUUUUGCUCGAAUAAGACUAUUACGGAGUUGUGAAAAUUAAGUCCUCCAAUUAAUACAUUUGCUGGA